CAGUCGCCAUGAAAUGUCGUCGUAGUUUCUCGUAAUUUGUAAAUCGUGAAAAGGACUUCAGACUUAUCAAUGUUAAUAGUAUUUCUUAAAAUGUUAUAAUAAUGUUUACCUUGAUAGUUUAGCAAUAAUAUUAUAUUCGUGAUUAAUGUGUUAGUUUAUAAAAUGGAGGGUAAAGUUUGGCGACCCGGCCCAACUGUUUGUCGUUGCUGUUUAUCUGAAGGAUGCUAUAAGGAUAUUUCUACGGAAUAUUUCUGGAUGGGAAAGAAAGAGGUUUACGCAGACAUGCUUUCAGAUACCUUCAAUCUAUCUAUUCAAUAUGCACCAACUGGUGGGCCAAACAGUCAGAGUCGUUUGAUAUGUGAACCAUGCAUCUCCAGGCUACGGGAUGCCACAGACUUUAGGCGACAAAUUAAGGAAUGUGAACAGACUUUUAUGGAAUACCUGAACCCUAGUACAACUGUUGAUAUUGAAAUUCCAGCGGAGCUGCCUGAGAAGGAAGUCAAAAUUGUGACCGUCAAAGUUGAGAAGCCGUUGAGCGAUGACGAUGACUUUGGUGAUACGGAAUUACUUGAUGAUGAUGAUGAUGAUCUUGACGAUGAGCCCCUAAUGAAUUUAGCAUCCAAAGUCCCGAAGAAGGAGAGUGUAGACGUAACGGAUUUAAUAGACAAUGCGAAAGCUGAAAAGCGGAAAUCAACGACAAAAGUAAAGGCGACACCUAAAAAGGCGAAAGUUAAAGAGGCAAAGCCGUCUGUCAGCAAAGCCAAACCGGAGAAGAAGAAGAAAGGUUCCAAAUUGGAAAUUCGCCGUAAUGACACAAAGAAAAUAAUAUUAGUUUACCAAACGCCACAACGUCGUAACGCGGAAUUAAUAUUAAAAUAUUCCAGUGCCUCUCCGUUUAAAAUGCGUUUUAGCCAAAUACUUUGCGCCUAUUGCCACGACGAAUAUGAUAACUUAGCUAUAUUACGUGGUCAUAUGAUAGCAGACCAUUCAAAUUCAGAUCUAAAAAAUGUAUUCUAUAGGGCGAAGGAUAAUUUAGUUAAAAUUGACAUUACGGGAUUGAAGUGUAAACUGUGCGAUCUGGAUAUGGACGACGUUGAUAUGCUAAUGUCUCAUCUCUCCAGAGAGCACAAUAAACCUGUUAGGUUUAACGCCCGCUUCGGUAUUCUACCUUACAAAGAAAUUAACGACCAAUGGCUAUGUGUAUAUUGUCAAAAGGUUUUUAAAGAAUUCAUUCAUCUCAACAGACACAUUCUGUGUCACUUUAUGAAUUAUAGUUGCGAAAAGUGCGGCACGACUUUUGUUUCUGAUCACGCGUUGAAAGAUCACCACAGGCAGGUGAAGUGUUUCAGGAGUGCGUAUAAAGCGCGAAAUGGGCGGGCACUCAAGCCUCGUACUAAUGCCGAAAUUAUUCUUCAAUGUUCCACGGCUUGUCCGUUUCGUACUUGGAAGAGUAAUUUCAAUUGUGUCUUCUGUAGGGUACAAACAAAUAAUCCGAGCAACCUUCGCGUUCACGUUGCGACACAACAUGAGAACUACGAUGUACAGACAGCGUUUUAUAAGAAACUUGGAAAGGAGUUCCUAAAAGUCGACAUAACGGAUCUUCAGUGCAAGCUAUGUUUUAUGCCGAUAAAUAAUUUUGAUACUUUAACUUAUCAUUUGAAGACCGAUCACCAGCAGCCGAUAAACUCUGAUGCUCAGAUAGGUCUGCUGCCUUUUCGUUUGAAUGACGGUUCCAUCUGGAAAUGCACGAUUUGUCCUAACGAGUUCAAAGAUUUUGUGUCCCUAAAAAAACACACGUCUGAGCAUUUCCAAAACUAUGUAUGCGAUACAUGCGGCGAGGGUUUUAUUACGGAGUCCGCGAUGAUAGCUCAUACGAAAAUACCUCAUGAGAAUAAGUAUAAUUGUAGCAGGUGUAUUGCAACGUUCUCAACUCUCCAGGAACGUAAUAUUCACGUGAAAACACAACACACAUCAACACCGUACAUGUGCGUGUAUUGUAAGGACAAACCCCGUUUCGCCAAUUGGGAGUUGCGUAAAAAACAUUUGAUGGAGGUUCAUAACUAUAAAACUGGGGCGGAUAAAUACGAAUGCGCCGCUUGCCAGAAGACAUUUAAGACGCGCUCUGGUAAAUACAAUCAUAUGGCCAGGACGCAUAGGAUGAAAAAAGAUUCGGAGUUGAACUAUCCGUGCCAUAGUUGCCCGAAAGCUUUCACAACUCAAUUGUUUUUGGAUAAACACGUCGCUAAGAAGCAUUUUGAUAUGUAACUUUAUGGUAUUCGGAAUGAUAGUAUAUCAUCCACAUAUAUUUUAUUGCCACAUAAGAUCCAUCAUCAAUCUAAAUUUUAUUAUCACCCACUUCGAACAUUUAACUAAUUUUAACAGUAAGUCAG